AUGCCAAAAGGUAAAGAAAAAAAAGAAAACGAUAAAGACAGUUAUCUGCAAAAGUUUACCAUCGCCGUAUUUGGUGACUCUGGAGUAGGUAAGACCUCGUUGAUCAAUCGCCUUGUUGAUUUGAAAUUUACCCCAGAACACAUUCCCACGGUGGAGGACUUUCAUGUCAAGCAUUUGGCUUUUCAAAACAAGACAUGUGAGCUUCAAAUCAUCGACACCUCAGGGACGUAUGAGUUUCCAGCCAUGAGAAGGGUAGCCAUGGAUAAGGCGGACGCUUUAGUGUUAGUGUAUUCGCUGGAUCGGCAUGAUUCGUUUACAAAGCUUGAACGUUACAUGGAUGAAAUUCGCGCGAUUAAGUCCUCAACAAAAUGUUUCGAAAAGCCUGUUAUUGUAGUUUCAAACAAAUCUGACCUACCUAACAUGAGCGAACCAAGGUUUGUGGACAAACGAGGGCUCAAUGUUCAUGUCAGCCUGCACCUCCAGGUCAAAUAUGGAUGUUUCUGGGUAGAUACGUCCGCCAAAACAGGCGACAACGUGGAAGAUGCCUUUCACAAAGUUUUGGAUCACUUACUAAACAACUGUGACAAGAAACGGAAAAUAUCACAAACAAAUCGGCCAAAAAGGAUCAGUUCUUUGUUAUACGGCAGAAAGAAGAUAUCUCGAUAA